CAACCUCGGUUCAGCGCAAUUGAAGCUAUAACAAAAAAACAAAAGUACAUCAAGUAUUAUCCAAAUAAUAUGAAGUCAGUUCUUGUUAGUGUGCUCCUCGUCAUAGCCGCAUUGGCUAGUGUGACCAUUGCUGCCAGCGCCUCAUGGGGUUAUUAUAAUAAAACGGAUGUAUUGCUGCUGCGUCAGAAUGUCGUACGCGCACCUGCUAGAAAUAGCUAUCAGAGUGUUAAUGUGAACUUCCCCGCAUCGGGCCAAACCAACACCCGCAACAUUUCAGCCAUUUACGUUUAUGAUCGCUUCACUAACAGCUCUGGCGCUUAUGCCAGUUUGUGGUCAGGCGGUCCAGGCUAUCGUUUUGCCGCCAUCAAUUUGAAGAGUCAGUAUAAUCGUGGUAUUAAUUCGACUGUGGAAAUUUAUGGCAAGAAAUAAAUGCUAAACGGACCUGUUCGCAAACAAAAAUAAUACUUACAUACGUAUGUAUGUGUAUGUACCUGUGUUUAAAGAUGUAAUAAAAAUCUAAUAUUACAAUGCAGCAUCGAGCAUGAUUCUAAGUGUGUACAUAGCAGAAUUUUAUGUGAAUUUUAUAUGGCAAUAAAACAACUACUUUGAUUAGUGUAAGUUGCAACUGUUUUAA